UGCGUCAAGAGAGCUCCUGACAAAUAUGACUGUGUGUGUGUGUUGUGUUAAACUUUCUAUUUCUUUUAUUCAAAAUACUCCUACAUUCAGUCUGGCUUUGAUGUUGGACAGGAAUGAUUGGACGUUGCUUCAUUAAUUCUACUUCCUGUUUCUCUGUGCUGCUCUGUUGUGCUUAGGUUUCUGUUUCUCAGACUUUGCGCAGAACUGUUGUCAGUCUCCAGGCUCCAGCACACUCCCUCGCUCUGAGUAAACCAAUACGGAUAAAAAUAUGUUGGGAAUUCAGACUCUCAACACUCUAUGGGAUCUUCUGGACUCUGGGUUUGGAUGGCCGUCCCCCAGACACGGACUCAACCUCUUGUACUGGUUUGCAAACGAGUGUGUGGAAGUCGACAACUGGAACCAGAUAACGGUCCUGUGCGACCCCAGCAGCAGGGACUUCGGCUUCCGACUUUACCACAACAAUGAAGGUCUUCUUCCUGUUACCAACCAGCCCUACUUUGAAGUUGGCAACCUGAACCAUGAAGAAGCCAGAAACCUGCCUGAUUACGUCAGGAGAGAAUACAAUGGAUAUCAGUACAACAACAACGCCGACCGCAUCAUCAUCUGCGUCGACCACGACAGUGUGAACCGCGUCUACGUGACGAGCCACGGGGGUCAGAGGAACUUCAACCCAAACCAAACCUUCCAGAUCAGUCCACAACUCCUAAAAACCAUCAGGAGAAUGAAGAGAGAAGAUUUCAUCAGAGAAACCACUUCUGUCUUCAGCUACAUUUGUGGGAGCUUUAAGGAAUGCUGCAAAAUGCUGCUUUACUUUCUGUUUAUUCUGUUUGUUCUGUUUGUUCUGAUUGUGUUGUUUCACCAUCAUCUUUCAAGGAAAAAUUACUGAUCCCAGAAAAGUUUUAUAACUUUACCUCAUGCUGUUAAUGUUAAUCCUAAAAGCCUGAGUUUGUUUUUAAUCCCCACUUUUAACAA